AUGACCGUCGUCGGUUCUCUCCCGACCGCCCAGUCCGCACUCAAGGUGGUCGGGUCUAAUGACCUCGUGGUAACCAAGGACACUGCCCUACCCGUAUUGGCCCGGUCCGAGUUGCUCGUGCGAGUGGCCUGCGUCUCUAUCAACCAGGUCGACGGCAAAUCAGCGGACAUGUCACCCACUCCCGGGGGAACCAGCGGCACCGACUUUUCCGGCGUCGUGGUUGCCCUGGGCGCCGACGUCGACACUGGAAAAUGGCGCAUAGGCGACCGGGUGAUGGGUGGGAUCUUUGGCAACAACCCUCUUCGUCAUGACAACGGUGCCUUUGCCGAGUACGCGGCAGUUCCAGACCGUCUGGUCUGGCACAUACCCGCCAGUAUGGACUUUGCCACAGCCGCCUCGCUGCCGGCGGCCCUGGCAACCGUUGGGCUGUCCUUUUUCCAAUACCUCCAGAUCCCCAUGCCAGACCCGACAGGACCCCUGCAGCUCGAGAUGGGGAAGGGGACAAACCCAACCUACGUGCUGGUCUACGGCGGUGGCACUGCGACAGGAGCCAUGGCUAUCCAAGUUCUGAGGCUGCUUGGCCUGACUCCCAUCACCACUUGUUCAGAAGCAUCGGCGGCACGGUCGAUCGAGCUGGGAGCCUCCGCCACCUUUGACUACCGCUCUCCCAACUGCGGGACCGAGGUGCUCGACCACACGUCGGGCUCCCUGGCGCUUGCGCUGGACUGCAUAUCCAGCUCAGACUCGAUGGCUGCCUGCUACAAGGCGCUGGGCCCCGCAGGCGGCCGCUACGUAGCCCUCGACCCGUUCCCCCUGCGCGGGCACACCAGGCGCAGCGUCGAGCCCGACUGGAUCUGCGGCUACACGCAGUUUGGCCACGACGUGGCCUGGGCGCCGCCGUUCGACCUGGACGCGCGCCUCGACGACCGCGCGACCGCCGAGGCCUGGUACGUCCUCGCCCAGCGCCUGCUUGACGAGGGCAUGGUCGUGCCGCAGCCGCUGGAGCUGCGCCGUGGGGGGUUGGCUGCCGUCGGCGAGGGGAUGCAUCAGGUGCGCAAGGGGCAGAUAAAGGGGAAGAAGCUGGUCUAUUCCAUUGCUGAGCAGCUGUGUGUGGCUUGA